UCUGCAUGUUUCGUGUGGGAAACCUUAGCAUAAAUUGUAGGAAAAAAAUUACAUUGUUUGUUGUCUUUUACCAGGGCUUUGAACUGCUGCUUUCAGCUUUAGGAGACCCUUCAGAACGUGUAGUUAGUGCAACACAUCAGGUAUUUUUACCUGCUUACGCUGCCUGGACAACAGAACUGGGAAAUUUACAGUUCCAUCUUAUACCUACACUGCUUAAUAAAAUUGAAAAAUUGCUCAGGGAAGGAGAACAUGGCUUGGAUGAACACAAACUCCACAUGUAUCUGUCUGCUCUGCAGUCAUUGAUUCCUUCACUGUUUGCACUGGUGCUACAGAAUGCACCUUUCACAAGCAAGGCUAAACUUCAGGGAGAAGUACCACCAAUAGAAGUCACUAGAUUUCCCCGACCCGUCUCACCUCUUCAGGAUGUGGCCAUCAUCCUUGGAAGCCGCGAACAAUUAGCAGUGUUGUUGCACCUGUAUGACCAUCAACUAGAACAUGAGGGUACCACAGGCUGGGAGACCUUGCUAUGGGUAGUCAAUCAACUGCUACCACAGCUUAUAGAAAUAGUCGGCAAGAUCAACGUAGCAUCAACUGCCUGUGUCCAUGAGUUCUCUAGAUUUUUCUGGAGACUUUGUAGGACAUUUGGGAAAAUUUUUACAAACACUAAGGUAAAACCACAGUUCCAGGAAAUCUUAAGAUUGUCUGAGGAAAACAUAGAUUCCACAGCAGGUAAUGGAGUGCUAACAAAAGCCACAGUUCCCAUCUAUGCAACAGGGGUCCUUACGUGUUAUAUUCAGGAAGAAGACCGCAAGCUGUUAGUUGGAUUCUUAGAAGAUGUAAUGACCAUGCUUUCACUGUCUCAUGCUCCUCUUGACAGCCUGAAAGCUUCCUUUGUGGAACUGGGUGCAAACCCAGCUUAUCAUGAGCUGCUAUUAACUGUCUUAUGGUAUGGAGUUGUCCAUACUUCUGCUCUUGUUCGAUGUACAGCUGCUAGAAUGUUUGAGCUGACUCUUCGCGGCAUGCGUGAAGCCUUAGUUGACAAGCGGGUUGCUCCGGCCCUUGUUACCUUGUCCAGUGAUCCCGAAUUUUCAGUAAGGAUUGCAACAAUUCCUGCUUUUGGGACCAUAAUGGAAACUGUUACCCAGAGAGAGCUUCUGGAAAGAGUAAAAAUGCAGCUGGCGUCUUUCCUGGAGGACCCUCAAUAUCAAGACCAACAUUCUCUACAUACAGAAAUCAUAAAAACAUUUGGAAGAGUUGGACCUAAUGCUGAGCCCAGAUUUAGAGAUGAAUUUGUUAUUCCACACUUGCACAAGUUAGCCUUGGUCAACAACCAGCAGUCUGUGGAUUCCAAGAGACUGGAUAUUGCCACACACCUGUUUGAAGCCUACAGCGCUCUGUCCUGUUGCUUUAUUUCAGAGGAUUUAAUGGUCAAUCACUUUUUACCAGGACUUAAGUGUUUACGGACUGACAUGGAACAUCUCUCGCCAGAGCAUGAG